AUGGCAGAGAUAAUAGGCGUAGUAGCCAGCGCAAUAACCCUAGCCGGCACCACUGCCAAAGCGGCCAAGGGCAUCGUAGCCCUCAAGCGCCUAUGGAACGAGGUGCAUCAAGUGCCCGAGUAUAUCAAUUCAUUACUAGACCGUCUAGCCUUGGUGCAGUCAGUGUUAGGCGACUUAGAUACGGAGCUCAGCCGCGACCAGCAACUGUUCGCGAGCAACAGUGCCAUCAAACUAAGCAUCCAUUACUGCAAAAGUGCGAAGGACAAGCUCGAUGCGCUCGUGGACGAUUUAGGACAGCGCGUCGCAGAUAAAGAAAGGUUCACCAGAAACAGAGCAAGGAUCAAGGCUGUUUUUGGGAAGGAGGUGGCACGCCGGCUUGAGGAUGAGAUACGAGAUGCGAUGCAACUGCUUGGGAUUGCUCAGCAGACGUAUGCGAUAGCGUUGGUUAGGCAGCAGCCAGCUUUAAUUGCCGGUCAGAUAGCGUCGACUGCUGGCCUUAAUACCCAGGGGCAAUCUUCACACAGCGCCAAAGUAAUACCAAGCACAAGGAUUACUAGUACGAGGAGCAAAGAGACAACAACGGAGGAGGGAUGGGUCGCACUAAACAAAGAGCAUCCGAGUCUGCCCUGGACGUAUUCAAUUUUUGGAAGCUACUCAUCAAAAUCCUCCAUCGUGGAUUCGACUGCAACUCUCCCAGGCGAAGAAGUCUACCGUGCGCGAAUACAGCUGCCCGCAUGGCUGACCCGGUCUGUAUGGGAUAUAUGUGCCAAACGAGCCAGCAAUGGGUGGACGUACAACCUUCGACACUGGACAGUGAGGGCGUUUGAUACGGACGUCUUCGACACUGCCUCUGACGGUGACCUCUCGGCCAUGAUUCCUCUGUUUAAUGAGCGUAGGGCAUCGUUGUAUGACCGCGAUCCGCGCGGAUGGACGCUACUACACUACGCCGCAUUUCAAGGCGAUCUCGACACAAUCACAUACCUCAUGCGCUCAGGUCUCAGCAUGCACGAAACAAGUGCCGACGGAUACACACCGCUCUACUAUCUCUGUCGAAACAACGACGAAGCCAGUGAUAUCGUGAGCGUAUACCGCUUCAUCAAAUCCACCGACGACCUAUCCGAUGCCGCAUGCGCCUUUUUCCUCCCAAGAGCUGACUACUACCGGAAAAGCACUCUGCACCGCUUUCUUUGGAGCGUACCCGGCCUAUGGGACUUAGUGAAGGCGGAGUCGCCCUUGGUUACCCUUGAUGCCCGGUUCACGUCGAUUACCUGGGAGUAUGUUGACGCGAAGGUUCUAUUAGAUAUAUUUGUUCGCGAAGUAUCAGAUGCCGAGACUGUACGACACCAAUUACACGGGGCCACUGUGGGCUCGCUUCACGAGUUUGCAAAGGUCUACUUCCGGCAUGUCUCUGGAGGGUCAAACGCGCAGCACAUGAAAACCAAAUCCUCUGAGUGGAGGAGGCUUGCUCGUUGGUUAUUCAGAGGGUUGCGAGCUAGAGAUCUCAGUCGACAGGGAAACGAGUUCUGGGAAGCGACCACGCCGUUGUUUGCGGGAUUGAUGGAUGCGAGAUGGCUGGUGCCGGUGGAGAGGCGGGAGGUCCGACAGAAUAAACGCCAGCUCGAGAGCGCAUUAGUGUUCUGGCUCGAGGACUUGCAAGCUGCGGGUGUGAACCUGGCUUCAUACGGGUGGUGGGAGCGGAAGAUGUUUGAUGAGGGAUGGGCGCUUCAGAAUGCUUCCUGGACUCUUCUAGCGUGUGAUGGGAAGGGGCCACGAUUAGCGUCCAUCCACACUGGGCCUCUUCCCCGAGACUGGAAGAUACUUUGGGAUUGGGAGCAAAAUCCAUGGCUCAGCGAGGAUGUGGUUAGUGUGUUCUUCCAAUGGGCUGAGAGGUCCCCUCCGGUGAUGCCGGGUUCAUGGCAGGGUGAUGAAGAGUUCUGA